GAUCUUUGUGAGGACAUGCUGCCCUCUAGUGGUGGAUUCAUGAGGUGCACAUCCUCAAAUUCUCUGGAAGACAUCUGCCAGGCAAACAAACCCUCCAAGCUUACAUGCUCCGUCAUAGAGCCAAACUCUGACCCUGUCCUGCAUACUAAGACCGACUCCUGCAGCAGUGUGGUGCCUCGCUAUUGUGACUGCAACGCUUUCUGUGAUACUGCAAGUCAGUUUUAUGCCAUAAGGAUCGGUAUUAGCGGAGCUUCUGUUAAAAUUGAGAUCCUAAAAAUGAUGUUAUUAGGAGGCGGUAUCGCCGGCAUGUGUAAUGACAACACAUCAGGGUCUUUCUGCCAGGAUUUUUCAAAAUACUACAAGAGGGCUCAUUUGGAUUGCCACGGGACACAGCAGAGGUUGUACAGCUGCAUGGUGAUACUGGAAAUGUCUGGACCAGUUGACGGUUGCUCCUUGAGGACCUUUCUGCAUCAAGUCAUCGACCAGAGAGAUAGCAUAACAAUCGAGAGUCCACUUACUCGGAUGAUGGUUUGUGGUUCUUCUGGUUUGACUGUGCAAACUCUGUUGGCGUCCAAAUUGACCUGGGUUGCCAGUGACCUGCAGACCACUGACGUCUGCCAACCUGACCCCACUUUGCUGAAAUGUGAGCCAAGUGAGAGCCUUGCUGUUCUUCUGACUGACAGCUGCACUCCAGAGCCUCUUACCACCCAACAAAGUACAACUUUGACCAACAACAACAUCACUACAACACCAGGAACUUCACCACCAUCUGUUACUAACACAACUGGACAAACUUACACAACAGAUGGGAAUACUACAGCAGUUCCACUGACAAAUGUGUCACAAGCAACAGCUCAGCCUAACACGACAACUCCACUCACAACUGUUGACAAUGCAAACUCUUCAACAACAGCCGUUACACAAAACACGACAUGGACCACCCCUGACAGUAAAGCUGUACAAAAUACAACUUUGUCCACAAACACAACGUUAUUAACGACCACUGGAACGGCAAAAUUGCAAAACACAACCACAGCAAAUAAAAAUGUGACAGCUCCAGAAAACACAACAUCACAGAGCAACACAACUGCUUUUACUGAUACAACCCUUAAAACAUCCACAGUGUCUCCAAAUGACACAACCGUGCACAAUGUAACUACAGCCAGAACAUCUACACCAUCUCUUAAUAACAAAACGGUUAACAAUAUAACUACACCUGAGACAUCCACAACGUCCACCAAUCAAACAACAGCCAAUGUGGUCACUACACCUGAAACGUUUACAUCUUCUGUAAACAAUACAACAGUCUACAACGCGACUACAGCUAACACGUCUACACAGUCACCAAGUAACACAACAGGCAGCAACUCAGUUAUAAAUAACACAUUUACAACUCCUCCGAUUGACACAACAAUCAACAAUGUAACUACAACUGACAGAGUUACACCUACUACAAGUAAUACGACAGUCUACAACGUAACAACAGCAAACCCGUUAACCACUUCUCCACAUGGUUCAACAAUCAACAAUGUAACUACAGCCGACACACUUACACCUCUUCCAAAUGUUACAACAUCCAACAAUGUAACUACAGCCAACACACCAACAUCUUCUCCAAAUGCUACAACAUCCAAAAAUGUAACUACAGCCAUCACACCAACAUCUUCUACGAGUGAUACGACAGUGUACAAUGUAACUACAGCCAACACACUUACACCUCCUCCAAAUGAUACAGCUAUCAACAAUGUAACUACAGCCGUCACACUGACAUCUUCUCCAAAUGCUACAACAGUUUACAAUGUAACUACAGCUAUCACACUUACACCUCCUCCAAAUGAUACAGCUAUCAACAAUGUAACUACAGUCGUCACACCGACAUCUUCUCCAAAUGAUACAACUAUCAACAAUGUAACUACAGUCAGUCCAAUGACACCUUCCCCAACUGAUACCACAGUCUACAAUGUAACUACAGCUGAACAAUCUACACAUUCACCAAGUAACACAACACAUAACAACUCAGUUAUAACCACAUCAUUUACACCUCCUCCAAAUGUUACAACAACCAACAAUGUAACUACAGCCAACCCACUGACACCUUCUCCAAGUGACACAACAGUGAAUAAUGUAACUUCAGCUGUCACAUUCACAUCUCCAAAUGAAACAACACAGCCCAACGUCACGACAACAAGUGAUACGAUAGUUAGCACAGUUACACCGUCACCCAGUAACACAACAGAGAACAGUGUAACUGCAGCAAACAACAAUAGGACACUGGUCAAUAGUUCCUUUACCAGUAAUUCAACAGGUAACACAUUCACACCAACUCCCAAUAACACCGUCACAUACAACAGUACAUCUCCGACCAACAACCAUACAACAGUCUCUAACAUUAACACAACGCAGCAGAACUCAACAAUCGAUGGUGACGACAGGAACCUGCACAAUGGGUCAGUUACAACAAGUAGUCCAACAACCUCCAUGUUUACAGCUUCUCCAAAUCACACUGUAGGGAACAAUGUAACUACACCCAACACAUUUACACCUCUACCAACUGAUACAUCCCUGUUUAAUGUAUCUACAACUGACUCAUUUACACCUUCUCCAAAUCAUACAACGGUAUACAACUUAACUACAGCAAACAACAAUGUUUCAACUACAACAGUUAACUCAACAAUCGCCCCAUUUACAGCUACUCCCAACAACACUGUAGAGUUCAAUGCAACUACAUUGCCCAACAAUCACACAACUGUGUACAACUUAACUACAGCAAACAACAAUGGUUCAACUACAACAGUUAAUUCAACAAUCACCCCAUUUACAGCUACUCCCAACAACACUGAAGAGUUCAAUGCAACUACAUCUCCCAACAAUCACACAACAGUGUACAACUUAACGACAGCAAACAACAAUGUUUCAACUACAACAGUUAACUCAACAAUCACCCCAUUUACAGCUACUCCCAACAACACCAUAGAGUUCAAUGCUACUACAUUGCCCAACAAUCACACAACAGCUUCUAACAAUUUCACAACAGUGUACAACCUGACUACAGCAGAAACCCUUAUAAACAGUUCAACUCAAACGAUGAACACAACUAUCAGCCCUUUUACAACUUCACCUAAUUCCACUGUAAUGCCCAAUGUCACCACAACUACAAUCAAUAACACAACAACAGCUGGGACUACAACUGCUACCACUGUAUCGUACAAUGUCACCACUACACACAGUGGGGAAAUACAACAAAACACGAGUGUUUCUCAGACAAAUGUGACAGAACCUGCAGAUUCAAGACAAGGUAAUGAAACAACAACUACAGCGCCUGUUGUCGGUAACAUCACUGAACCGACAGUUGUUCCAACGAACAACCAGACUCAAAAUCACACCCUGGUGACACUUCCUGACAAUAUCACCAACCAAACUGACACCAACUCCACCGCAGCUCCAACUGAUGCCAGUCCCACUCUUGAGCCCAAUACAACAACAGGAAUCAACAUGAGUUCAACUACGACCAGUUCAACCACAGUCGUCAAUUCAACAACCAACGAACCAGGAGUUAUAGCAACAACGACAACAGCUGGGAAUGUAUCUACAACGUCAACCACAACCAUCGCAGCUACUACACCUACGCUUGUGACCGAGAUUAACAACACUACUGCACAGCUUUCAACAACUUCUGCAACAACUCUUGGAACCACAACCCUUACCAGCACAACCACAACAAAACCUGGUGAUGGGACUACAAUCACAACCACAGUGGACCCCAAUCAAAGCCAGGAGGAACAGGCAAACCUGCUGCUGAACCAAACACAGAAUGCAGCACAGCUCGACUCAUCUCAGGUGGAACAGGCUGUUGGGCAGCUAGAGAAUCUUCUGGAGGGCCCCACUGUUUCUGAGUCAGUGGGUGGAAAGGCCAUCAACAUUGUCGCCAACCUGAUGGAGGGCGAUUCAGCGGCCCUGUCUGGAUCCUCUAACAGGCUGAUUCAAGUGGUGGACGAUCUCGGCCUGAAGCUGGUCGUGAAUGGAGACCGAGCAAUCCUCUCUUCAAACUCGCUGGUGCUGGCCGUGAGGACCGUGGAUGGGACUAACUUUCCAGCAACAUCAGUGAACAUCUUCAACACAGAUAAUGUGCAGCUCCGUGCCAACAGCAGAUCUCGCUCCAAGCGGUCAGACUCAGCCCUGGGGUCGGUAUCCCUCCCCUCCUCUCUAACCUCAGGCCUCAGUCCUGAGCAGCAGCAGCAGGCCAACAGGCUCCAGUUCACCUUCUACACCAAGCCUACCCUCUUCCGGGAUACAUCACUGAAUAAUCGAACCCUGGUCAGUCCAGUCCUGGGCUCCAGCGUAGCCAAUCUGUCGAUAAGCAACCUGAGAGAGAACGUCCAGUUUACCAUCAGAAACAUCAACCCCAUACAUGAGAAUCAUUCGGCCUCCUGUGUGUUCUGGGACUCCACUCAGAACGGAGGUCGAGGCGGCUGGAGCUCUAACGGCUGCUUUGUUGUCAACACCACAGCGGAGAAGACGAUCUGCAGCUGCAACCAUCUCACAGCUUUUGCAAUACUGCUGGAUUUGUCCAGAGAGGGAUUAGUUGACCGUCAACAUGCACAAAUUCUUACUUUCAUCACCUACAUCGGCUGUGGAAUCUCAGCUAUUUUCCUCGCUGUCACCUUAUUGACGUAUCUGUCAUUUGAUAAGCUGCUCAGAGAUAUCCCCGCCAAGAUCCUCGUCCAGCUCUGCAUGUCCCUCUUCCUCCUCAACCUGGUCUACCUGCUGGAUGGCUGGCUGGCGCUCUACCCGGCCGUGGGUCUGUGCAUUAGCACCGCCUUCUUCUUGCACUACUUCCUGCUGACAUCAUUCACAUGGGCGGGGCUUGAGGCUCUGCACUUGUACCUCAGCGUGAUCCAGGUGUUCACCCCCUACCUGAGUAGAUACAUGCUGAAGUUCUCCCUGAUGGGCUGGGGCAUUCCUCUGAUUGUGGUGAUCAUUGUGAUAGCAGUGGACAAAGACAACUAUGGCCUCGUUACCUAUGGAAGAUACACAGACGGCACUUCAGAUGACUUCUGCUGGCUGCGUAACGACAUCGCCUUCUACGUGGGCGUGGUGGCCUACUUCCUCCUGAUAUUCAGCCUGUGUCUGGUGGUCUUCAUCAUGGUCAUGGUCCAGCUAGCCCGCAUCAAGAAGCAGAACCCCCAGAACCAGGCUCCUAACAGGAGCAUGAUGACGGACCUGCGCAGCAUCGCCGGCCUCGUCAUCCUGCUCGGCCUCACCUGGGGGUUCGCCCUGUUCGCCUGGGGGCCCCUCUACCUGCCGUUUGUUUACCUGUUCUCCAUAUUCAACUCUUUACAAGGUUUCCUCGUCUUUAUUUUCCACUGUGCUAUAAAAGAGAACGUCCGUAAGCAGUGGAGGACGUAUCUCUGCUGUGGGAGACUACGAUUGGCUGAAAACUCAGAAUGGAGUCGCACAGCAACCCAGAACAACAGGAAUUCAUCCCUUGCUACAGCAUCCAGCUCAGUUCCUCCCUUCACCUCCAGAAGCUCCUCAGUCACCAGCGAUGCUACUCAAGGCAGCGACUCUGUGUUUCUAGACAGCGGAAUAUCCGACGGCUCCAGCAGCGAUGUUGUCCUCAACGAGAUCCACAGAAGACAUCAGGCACUGCGUGCGGGAGCAGACUGAGAACCACGUCAAGCUUUCAGUAUCAGUAUCAGUAAUUAUCUAGUGUUAGAGAGCCGAGAGGACAGUCUAAGAUAACUAGUGAUCUCCUGCAUCGUGAAAGGUAAACACAGGAGUAGUAAAUGCUAACAGGGCCAAGUAAGGUAACAUGAAGGACAGAAGGUAACAUGAAGGACAGAAGACGAAGGAAAAGCUAGACUGAAGGAUGUUAUGUGUAAGGCCGGAGAUAUGCUUGCUACUAACUAAGCUAACAUUAACACAUGAUGAUUUAGUGGCCUUACAUGCCACCUGUGUUACUGCAGCUUUGGUCUCCGCACCAUGUGUCACCAUGUUGUCCCCACACAUCUGGUAGUUGUACAUGGCCUGAGCUUUAAGGAGCCUCCAACAACACACGUAGUUCACAGGCACGUAUGUUUUCAAUUACGCUCAUGUCACGGCUGGUCGUGUUCGUGAACGUAAAGCUCCACAUCGAGUAUAUCUCCGGCCUGAACAUCAUUAUGGCUUCCUUCCUUUCUACAUGAGAGUUGAAUAACGUACAGCACUUAUAAGUGAAGUGUCGAGGAGGUGUGUUUAUGACUGAAGACUUGCAUUAUUUCACUGUUACAGCUGUGACUCAGUGUUUUUGCUGAAUAUUUAGCUUGUUUCAAAGCUCUUAGUGUUACCUCUAUACUUUGAAUGUAAUACUAAUCUUAUUUGAGUCUGCAAGAUAAGCUGUGCUAUGUUUGAGAUACAGGGUAACAUUUAUAUAAUAGCCUAGAACAAUCACUGACGGCCAAGUUCCACUGGUUUCGUGUCCAGUCCGUCUCUGAUCCGCCAUGGCACAGGAGCUGAUAGGUUUCUAUUCUAGUCAAUGUGUUAACUUCCACUGGAUCCGCUCUG